CGUACAUAAAAAUAGAAAGUCUUUAUUUGGAACCCACGGAACGUUUGAUUACAGUCUAAGAUUUAAAUUAUUGAUGAAGGUGAAAAAUUUGCUGAGUGUUGUUCAAUAGUUUAUUUAUUGUUUGGAUUUGAUUGCAUCUUUAUUUCUAAUGGUUACCGGAUGGUAGAAUUCUGAAAGAAACAGGGGUCUUAGCUUAGCUAAAAUUCUGCUAUUGUGAGGUUUAGCCUUGAAGAUGGGUACAGCCAGACUGGUUCCCAGUUUUAAUUAAGUGACAAUGAGUGUUGAAGCUGGUUGAAAAAUAAUGUGACACAGUCUGGGAUGGAAAAACCCAUGAUUCAGGGUUGCAGCAGCUGUAGUUCUCUUAGAAAAGGGGUCAAUGUGACCCCUAGUCCUUCCUCCUGGGAAAACCUUACUGAUGUCUGCUGGGAUGUAUUUGGCUGCUUGAAUUCUACAGGUCCCUGUGGGAAACGAUUAAUCGUUCACUUCUCACUGCCUGGUACCCAGAUUCAUAUAGAUAUCGGAAAUGGUAAGGUUAAAGCAGCAGGUGUAUUAUGUGUGCUCGGGAUAAGUUUUGGCAUAGGUACAUACGUACUAUAUAAGAUCUACGACAAGUUUGUCCGACCCCCGAAAUCACGUAAACCCAGCGAAGGAGAGUACUGCUCAGAUGGUGAAGAGGCCGAAGAGGAUGAGUUGUGCAAUGAAAACAAGGGGCAUGAGGAGAUGGGGAACCAGCAGUCGUCGCCGGUAGACAUUCCCGUCUACUUCAAGGCCGGCUAUGGUGUAUCCUUCAACAAGCCGAUAGACUGCGGAAAACUACGCAAUCGUAAACCUGGUGCUAAAGGUCCUCAAGCUGCUGAAACUAUCGUUAAAGGAAACCUUCGUACGAAAAAUGGACUGGUAGCGACUGAAAAUUCAAACGGAGAACAUGAAGCACAAGCAAUAAAUGAUCGAAAUAUUCGAAAUCGGGUACGAGAUUUAGGACAAUUGAGAAUCGAAAUUGAUGAGAGUGGAUUUGUGGAUGAAGAAGGAUUAGAAGCAGAUGGUGAUAAAUUAAGUAACUCCUUAAAGGGGAAUUUCAGUCCAACCUCCCUCUGUGAAAAGAACUUCAGAAUUGGUGUUGAAUCAGAGAGUAAUAUUGAUACGAAUGGUGUUGUUGAUGUUAACGGUGCAGGAAUUUCGCCAAAAGUUGAUUAUUUGGAUUUAAAUACCGAUUUAGGAAAGAGUAGUGUUUUAUUAACUCCUCCCUCCGAAGACGAGAGUUCUUCUAGUCAUCCCUUACUUGGUAUAGGACAAGUAAGUCAGCAGUCGACAAAAUCAGAUGUGUCAGAUAUACACAGUGAAUUAGCUGAUUUACAACAAUUUGAAACUGAUGAGGAACGAGAACAGUUGUCUCCCUUACCAUAUGAUAAACCAGAACAUAAUAGUCCUGAAAAAGCUCCGCAUGCACGGACACUGAAACUAAAACUUGAGGAAAUCAGGUCUCGUAGUUCCUCGCUUAGUGCAAAUUCGAGUUCGUGCACAAGUCCAGAUUCCUAUUCUUACGGACACAAACGGACAGGAAGUUUACCGGAGAAUAGUAUAUCGGGAGUUAGCUCCCCUGAUUUGGAGCUUUUACAUAGUGAAAAUGGUGAAGAAUCGGUGGUGAAUACAGGCACUUUUGUUAAAUUGGAAGAUGAAAUUCAUGUAGUGGAAGACGAAUUCGAAAGUAUAAGUAAAGAUAUUCAAGAAUUGACUAAACGUUAUUCAACACAUGAACACAUAGACACAGGUUCAGAAAUUUUUAAAGACAUUUUUCAAAGAUACCCCUCAAUUCGUGUUCGACAAUCAGAGAGAGGAGUGCACUACGCAGGAUCAGAAAGCGAUUACGAAGAAAGGAGAAAUAGUUUGUCAAUGGAUGAGGAGACUGACAAAGAUCUGUCAUGGGACCUUGAAAAUAUGAUGGAUAUGGUGUAUAGUGAAGGGUUAGAGUCUGCGCAGGCGGCUCAGUCACUGGCGCAGAAGUUAAAUAAAGUGGCUGAUGAAAGGGCUGGUCCAUCCAAUACCAGUGUGAACACAUCACAGAACAGCAGUUCAGUGAACUGCAGUGUUGAUCUGGGCGGAAGUCUUUACGAGGAUGAAUUUCAUCUCCACCUCGGUACAAAAGCCUUGCCAGUGAUCAAAGAAUGUGGUUCAAGUCCUGAAAGUAAUAAUUGUGCCUGUGAUAACACUGAUAAUAUACCUCUAGAACACGGUACCAGUCUGGAAAUAGAUGGCCAUAGCUCAUCACAGCCAGAAACCAAGCAAACUUUAUCCCAGAAUGCUCCUGUGUCUUCACAGCUAGGAACCAAUCCUGUAGAAAAUGGUCACAAUCAUUUAGAACUGGGAACCAACCAACAAGAUAAUGGUUACUGUUCUAUGGAUGUGCAUAGUAUUCCUUGUUCAACAGAUGUCAGCUCAGAACUUGAACUAUGUUUACCCGUCAGUUUGUCUGUCCUAUGCAAUAUUAGUGAUAAACAGGAUAUCACAGACUAUGCUGACAGUGAGUGGAAAGGAGACACGCCUAGGGCUCAACUCAUACGAGAGGCAUACAGAGCCAUCCCCCAGCACUGCCAAUGUUGUCAUCUACGAAGAAUAAGAGGAGACAACUACUGUGGUAUUAGGAGCACAGUAUAUCAGACUUUAGUAAAUUGCUUACCUCCCUUGAACGUCUGGGCUUCUAUGGGCGAGACAUUGCAGCAUCUAAAGAGAGCCUACAGUAACAGAACUUCAGGAAUACACCAGUGGAACUUCGCAAAUAGAAUCUCAUAUAAUACUGAAAAUCAGUUCGAAAUUAUGCAGCAUUGUUUAUCUACUCUGUAUGCAAAGAUGGAGGAGAUGACUCAACAUUCCAGUUACACCGAGAGAGAACAAUAUUUAGUGAAGAUGUUGAACACUGACAGUGAUUGUGACCUUGAACUUAUGGAAGGGGUCAAACUGUUAAUGUUACUGAGUGCAUUACGUCUCCAUAACGACAUGGAACAAGGAAAUGAUGUUCCCGUGUUUGCAUGGCUAAUGUUUGCACGGGAUACAUCAGAAAGUGUCUCCAGUUUUGUUAGAAAUCAUCUGAACCACGUCGGUGAUUCUGGAGGCCUGGAACAGGUUGAGAUGUGUCUUCUAGGAUACAGUUUAGGUGUUCGCAUUCGUGUCUUCCGGCUGCAUCAUUUCAGAGAGGAGGACUUUAUUUCAUACUAUCCAGAAGACGGGACGGAUUCCUGGCCUGUGGUCUCCUUGAUCGCAGAGGACGAUAGACAUUACAAUGUUCCCGUGUUGUGAUUUUGAGUGUGUUCUUUAGUCAGGGAUUUAAUUAGCCAAAGUUCAAUGUUCAGACACAAAUUUAAUAAUGACUUAACAAAUUGGCCAAUAUUUUUAUUAAAGAGCAAGGAUUUUAACACCUCUAAAGGUAGCAUCACUAAGACGGUGGGUUUUGGUGUGCAAGUAAUAAAGUUUUUAUUACAGGAAAGGUUUGAGCAGAAUAAGUAGUCUAAGAAUGUUUUAUAGGGAUAAGCACGCUUCUCAUUCCAGUGCACUUGUCCUUUUUGGAAAUAAUGAAGGAACUCUGUUUUUAAUGUGUUUGCAGGUUUUUAAAUAGUAACAGUUUUUUUUUUAACUUUUCACAGAAAUAUACACUGCAAGGACUGAGCAAAAUAUGUUUGUCUAAGUGUUGCUUAUUCUGAAAGAUAAUGAAAAAUCAGUUGCAACAAAAAAAUAAAAGAUAUUCGAGGUACAAAUGCAUCAUGAAUAUAAAGGGAAGCUACUCUUCUCAAAACUAAUGUUAUAACCCAGUAUGGUAUUCUACCUUCAGACAUAACCAAGAGUGUAUACAGUCACCAUAAUCUGUAACUGAUCAAGGUCAUAUAGCUUAUCAGCCAUUCUCAUUCUGUUGUUUAUGUUUUUUGGGGUUUUUUUACAUUCUGCAUCAAAUGCAGUAAUUUCUAUGAAAAAUAUCGCUUUAUUUCUGUAAGGUUAUAAGGAAUUUCAAGAGAAAGCAUCUGUUUUAUUCAUUAUUUCAAUAUACCCAUUGGUGUAUAGAAUUUCGGUUGGUUAGCAGAUUACUGCAUCGCAUGAUAGGAUAUGUUACGCUAGCUCACACAUUACGAUCCCUUAUUCUCCUGUAAUAAGAAAGUUGAAAAAUCAUUUUAACUUUUUAGAUCAGAUUUUAUCAUUUGAAUUCAUAAGGGGUGCGGGUGUCGAAGUGAACACGGAUGGCUUUUGUUACUAGACAAACUCUUGAUUCUUGUUUACCCUAGCCCAUGUCUUAGGUUUAAUUAUUUAGUUUCGUCGGAUCUUGAGUUUGUUCUACUGUUGUGAGUGGCUCACAUCUUGCACAAACUCACUCUAUUGUAAUAAGCUGUCAAACUGUCACAGUGUCAGCUAUACCUUUUAUUUUUUCUCUACCCAAAGUGUUGUCUUUCAAACUUUUCGUUUGCUGUUCCCAGUAUGCUUGCUAGUCUUUUAUGAACCGGUGCUAUAAACUGAAAUGGACCAACUGCUGUGAAAGAUUUCUGCCGAAGUUGGGUUACUCCUGAAAGAUUUCUGUUUAAGUUGGGUAUACAAAAAUGAAAUGUGUUCCCUUCCCAGGCUUUUCUGCUUCUUUUUCUUUCGCUAGAUAUAUUUAGACCAUUCUUUUCCUUUCUUGCACUGUUCGAGUAUUACCUUUGUUAUAAAUGGCACAGACCCCUGCCUUGUCAGACCCAGAAUGAAAAAAAAAAUGUUCUGACAGUGCAAUGAGUUGAUUGUUUGCCAGAAGGAAUUAAGGUCCCUAUAUAUUUCCAUGGCAAAGAAGCAGUUUUCGUAUACACCUGGCACCCAUAACUAAAGCUACCAUUUGCACUUUACCUAAUAAAUACCACAGUAUAUAUUGCAUAUUGUAAAACUGUUUUGGUCAUUCCAUACACAUUAUUUGUUUUUAUGCAACACAGAUUUUUAAUUGAGUGCCACUGUGCAAAAACCAGUGUUUGGGCCUUUUUACCAGCAAGAAUACCAGAUAAGUGUGCAUCCGUACUGUUCAUUUAUCAAUUCAGCCCUUAUAUGUAAGUGAUAAGCAAACAGUAUGGAUCAAGAUCAGACUUCACAGAUGUGCAGGCUGAUCUGGAUCUAAACUGGUCGCAAAUCCGUAACUGUAUUCUCACAGAGGCACUUCUUUAAACCUAUAUGUUUGUUUAGUUCUGUGUUACAUUGCAUGUCGGCAUAUAUUGUUGAUUUGGUGCUAUUAUAUAGGAUGAGUUCAAGGUAUUCUUUUUUUAUCAUUUGACUAAAGAUUUUGUGUUCAUUUGUACAAUCUCAUAAAACAAAGCAAGAACUUCCAUUGUCAGGGCUUAUUAUUUUUCUGCCUGCCUGCCUGCCUUCUUUCUAUUUUGUUUCUCGUUCGUAAUCUUGGAAUGAUAGAUUUUUAAGUGUCUAAAACUUAGUGUGAAAAAAGUAACGAUAAAACAUGUCAGUUUAAAGAAAUGUUCAUUAAAAAUCGUGCAGACAAGUAGUUAAUUUGAAGUACUGUAAAAUCUUUAAUUUCGUAGACAAAAUGUUCAUGGUUUAGACCAGAAAAGGCUAUUUCAUGGGAUAUAAAGUUGUGGAUUUCAAGUUUAGAAUAUAAAAUGAAUGGGAACUUUACUUUUUCGUUAUGAUUUAUUUUUGUCGAUUUACAUAAAUAAGUCCCCCUUGAAUAUUAAUGAUUUUACAGUUACUGUGGUAUAGUAAAGGUAGAUAUAAAUGUUAAAACACAAGGAGAAGUUCACGUUAAUCGGACAACCAGUUCCUGUCAUUUUCCCCUACAAGAAGAGCAAAAAAUUAAGCUUGGCAACAGUUCUCAUGCUUAUAAAGAAUAUCACUUUUUCACAUUUCACUUUUCGUCGAAGACAUUUUUUUAGGGAGCAGAUUUUAUAUUUUUUGGUUCAUGUGCUUUAUUUUUUGAUAGUAAAGAGAAAGCUUUUUGUAUUAAUUAAGAAAGGACUAAAAAUUUAUAAAUAUAGUUCGUUUUUAUAUAGACAAAUCUGUUUCAGUUCUAGGACCACAAAUUUUGGACCACAACUUUUAGCCUGCUCUUGCUUCUUUUUGUGUUUGCAGUUUUACUGAAAUGAUAUCAUGGAAUUGUUUUCAUAUUUCUUAAAUAGCCAGGCACACAUGUAUCAGCUUUUGUUCAUCUCACGAUUAUCAAUAUACCUUUAUAAAUUUAAAGGACUACUUAGGAUUUACUUAGGAAAUUGGCCCCCAGUUUUCAGAAAUUUCAAAAGUCAAUGACAGUAUAAGUAACAUAGACUUGUGUGUUCUGUUUGUAAUACAUGACAUUGGUAGACUGUCUUUUCAUAGCAGAACAGGAAAUGGUUUAAUCUGAAGAUAUACGAUAUACCAUAUAACUUCCAUUUUACAGCUCCCCCUCCACAAGAGGUUAUUUGUAUUUAAUGCUAUAGAUUGGAAAAUUUUCACAUCACGUUUAUUUCGUGCUUUUAUUAAGUUAGACAUUAGUGAUGACAAUUUGUGAGUUGUAGGGAGGUAAUGCUUCUGGAUAUAUUGCAACUAAUUUUCUUUCCAGUUUUUCUAAAUUUGUAUGUGGAUCUGUUCACAAAUAUUGACAAAAGCAAAACCAUUGCAAAUGUUACAUAAUCUACAGUAAUAAGCAUUUGAUAAUUUAAAAAAUUAAAACAAGAUUCCCCCUAGAAAUAAAUCUGUGAACAUUUCAGGUUUAGAUUUUACAAGUCAAGUUUGCAAAGGCAUGAAUAAUUUGAUGCCCUUAAUUUUGACAAGCUCUGAAACUUACUGAAAUAAGAAAUUUAAAUUCUGGCAAUCAACUACAAAAGUUUCACCUAAAUAAAUGGUUCUGUGUUCUUUCACAGUCAUUAAGGUAAUUCUGCAUGUUCAUAUCAUUUUUCUCUUCUAAAAUGUAGACCAAUGGUUUAAACCUAAAUUUUUCAAAACUUUUGAAUAAACUGAAAACAAUGUGGCAAAUAAAAAUGAUAGGGUCUUAUGCUUGAUUUUUUGCUGGACUGAAUUCAAAAAUUUGGAGCUCAAGUUAGUUUUGUAUAGUGUAGGAGUCUAUGGGAUAAUCUUAAUUUUGCUAACAGUUUUGUGAAUAGAAAUUUUUCUACUGUGCAGAUUUUAAUGAAAUUUUCCACAGUUGUAAAUCAACAUAUUAUCUGUUUUAUGAUCAACUAAAAUAUAUAAGUCUUUGUGCUUGUUCUUGAGAUAUUCGCAUAUGAUUUAAGAGAUCUGGAAAUUUCAAGCAGAUUUGAUGACAUAUGGAAUUAUUUUUACAUUCUUUUAUCAUUUUUUGUCCUUGAACAAAGAAAAUAAUGUUACCAUGUAAUCUGUAUAAAUGACUUUGUGUCAUUACUACAAGUUUGUCAAACGUGCAGAACCACCUUAAAAAGGAUAAGACACUUAAAUACCUUACUGAUUAAUAGCAGCUAGGUAUGGUGUCCUUGUAAACCAUUAUCUACAUUAUCUCUGAGGUAGGGGCAUCUUUCACACUGGGUGUUACUGUUGUAAUGGCAUAAUAACGUAAUUAAUAAUAAGUCAAGUUUGCUACUUUAAUUUAUAUUUUGCUUGCAUAAUGUUUUGUUGAAUAAUAAUUGCAUUAUUUAUGAGAUGUAGGUGAUAUAUACUUUGUAAGAUAGUGAUAAUAAUUUAUUUACCCCCGGAAAAAGGCUUUCUCCAUUAUGAAGGUCGGAAAUAAAAGUGUUAAAAUUUAUGUAGCAUGAAAUUGUAUUAUACAUAAAUUAAAUGAAUGUAUUUUAAUAUAUAAUGCAGAAUUUUAUACACAAAUGAGAUUUUAAAGGUCAUUGCAUAAUUUGAUGAUUAACUGGGGGGCGGGGUAUGAUUUAGAAGUAUACUGUCUAUUCCGCGGCUAAAUAAAAAGAAAACUGCUUUAUUUUUCAAGAUAUUAAGUUUUUCUUUAAAGAUAUGCUAUGCCCAUUUUUAACUGCACUUAUUUAAUAUGAAUUAUUAAUUAAAAUUUAGAAAAUAUCUGUCAUGUUUAUUUUACUUGGCUAUAUAUGUAAAUUUAUUGUGUAUGGAGAGCUGCAUUUUCAAUAAAAUGUAACCUUGCAUACACAUGUUUGUUAAAAAGACUUCCAGUUGUUUAAGUGGCUUUACACAUUUAUACUGUGUUUCUUUGAACAUGUGUACUAUUUUAAACCUAACAUACAAUUAAAAUUGUUUAUACACAAAAAUAUGUUUAUUCUGUGUUUACACAGAUGCUUUUUAAUAACUGUUUUUAUUUUGGAUGAAAAUAUGAAAUUUGGGCAUAGUAUAUCUUUAAAUGUGCUUGCAGAUUCCAAUGCUUAUGUUAAUGUUAUAUAAACCAUCUUAAAAGGCCAGAAAAUUGAUUCAAUGGCCAGUUUAAUGCUUUGUUUAUCUUUGUAAAUGUAUGUUUUAUUAGCAUUAGAAGAUUCACCCAGAUGAUUAAUGAAUUAAAGUGACUCAAGUGAUAGUUACCGAUUUAUCUAGGUCAGAUACAGUAAUAUACUAGUACAUGUUGCUAUUUAUAUCAUGAAGUAAAUGGACAGGUUAAUGUAGGAGAAAGAAUUUUGUGUAAACCAAGUUUACUUCACUACCAAAUGUUGACAUAAUGUUGUUAAAAUAUGAAAUAAAAUGUUAACAGAA